GGAUCGGUCCGGAACGGGUACCGGGAGCGGCUGGUGUUGGCGGUGGAUGUGGGCAGUACGAUCGUUCGGUGUCAUGUAUACAACUCGGCCGCAGAGAUCUGUGGGAGUGCUGAGGACAAGAUAAAGGUCCUGUAUCCUUGUCGUGGUCACGUGGAAAUUGACCCUGACGUAUUGUGGGAGCAGUUUGUGAAUGUGGUAAAGGGGCCGUGAAAGAUGCCGGAAUUCACAUAAAUCAGGUAGCUGGACUUGGAAUUUCCACGCAGAGGGCCACCUUCAUUACCUGGGAUAAGAAGACCGGAAAACCUUUCCAUAAUUUUAUCAGCUGGCAAGACUUACGGGCAGCUGAACUGGUUUGUUCCUGGAACAACUCCCUGCUAUUAAAGGCGGUUCACGGAUCUUGCAAGUUCCUUCACUUCUUCACUCGAAGGAAAAGAUUCUUGGCAGCCAGCUUAAUCAACUUUACCACUCAACAUGCAUCCAUGCGCCUUCUCUGGGUACUUCAGAAUAUUCCAGAGGUACAGCAAGCAGCAGAUGAAGGGAACUGUUGUUUCGGGACCAUUGAUACAUGGCUGCUGUAUAAACUCACAGAUGGAUCUGUACAUGCAACAGACUAUUCUAAUGCCAGUGGGACCGCAAUAUUUGACCCUUACUUGAUGAGCUGGAGCUCUUUUCUCUGCUCUUUACUGUCCAUCCCCUUCUCUAUAUUUCCUCCUGUUGAGGACACCAGCCACAGCUUUGGAGUGGUAAAUCCCAGCAUAUUUGGAACGCCAAUCCCCAUUCGGGCACUGGUGGCCGACCAGCAAGCUGCCAUGUUUGGCCAGUGUUGCUUUGAUGUGGGAGACAUGAAGCUAACAAUGGGAACAGGAACAUUUAUGGCAAUCAACACAGGGAUCAAUCUGCACACCUCUAUAGCAGGACUGUAUCCCCUGGUUGGUUGGAAGAUUGGCAAUGAACUGGUGUGUUUGGCAGAGGGCAAUGCCUCCGAUACAGGAACUGCAAUAAAGUGGGCACAAGAGCUUAAUCUCUACACAGAUGUAGCAGACACAGAGGAAAUGGCUAGAAGUGUCCCAGACUCUGGAGGAAUUUACUUUGUACCCUCAUUUACAGGUUUACAGGCUCCAGUGAACGAUCCCUAUGCAUGUGCUUCAUUCAUGGGACUAAAGCCUUCUACCAGCAAAAACCACCUUGUCCGGGCUAUUCUCGAAUCAGUGGCAUUCAGGAACAAGCAGCUGUAUGAUACAGUGCGCAGGGAGACUUCCAUUAAAAUCUCAAAGAUCAGGGCUGAUGGAGGAGUCAGCAACAACAGUUUUGUCAUGCAGAUGACUGCAGAUUUGAUUGGCCAAGUUAUUGAUAAACCAAAACACACAGACAUGUCCUCCCUGGGAGCAGCAUUUCUAGCCGGACUAGCUGUAGGUAUUUGGUCCAACAAAGAGGAACUGAAGAAACUGAGACAACCCGAGAUCCUUUUUGAACCACAAAGUAAACUUAAAGACUAUGAAAAAACUGUGGCUGAAUGGGAGCUGGCGCUUCAGAGAUGCUGCAACUGGUAUAAUGACUACUGA